ACAGCGGACCGACGUCACUGGUUGUCAGCUGCUGACUCGCGCGCGCGCGCGGCUACAUCCACUGCCGUGCUGAUCAGUCCUGCGCGCGUCGGUGCUAUGAGCGGGACGUGCGGGUUUGACAUGCGGUGCAUACGCCGUUUCGCCUCUUCCACGCGCGCCCUUCGCUCGGUGAUGUGCGCGCCAACGCGCCCGCACUCACGGCUGCGUGCUGCCCCGGUUUCUUGCGUACGAACGACGAAGACACGCGGGAAAGACGAGCCGUGAAAAAAAGAAAAAAAAAAUCGGAGACGCGCGCACAAAGGACACACACGAAAUUCCGCCGGAAUGACGACUUGUGACGGAGGUCCUCGUGCGUCCGCGCGCCGUCGCUCGUAACACACACACACACACUUACAGACACAUACACACACACACACACUUACAGACACAUACACACACACACACACACACAGAGAGCCUCGUUUGGCUUCCUUUUGGAUUUCGCACGCGAUCAUCAUGCCGGUGCGGCGGGGUCACGUCGCGCCGCAAAACACCUUCCUGGGGAUCAUUAUCCGUAAAUUCGAGGGUCAGAAUAAGAAGUUCGUGAUAGCAAAUGCCCGGGUGCAAAACUGCGCCAUCAUCUUCUGCAACGACGGCUUCUGCGAAAUGACGGGCUUCUCACGGCCAGACAUCAUGCAGAAGCCGUGCACGUGCGACUUCCUGCACGGCCAGCUGACCAAGCGGCACGCCGUGGCACAGAUAGCGCAGGCCCUGCUCGGCUCGGAGGAGAGGAAAGUGGAGAUCACCUACCACCGCAAGGAUGGUUCCGAUUUCCUGUGCAACACCCACAUUAUUCCGGUGAAGAACGAAGAGGGCGUGGUCAUGAUGUUCAUCCUGAGCUUCGACUACAUCCUGGAUGACGGCAGCAUGGACUCGCUGGAGCGCAUCAACUACACAUCACCGUCCAGACCCCAGCACAGGAAGGGGCGUUUCUUCCGUUUUCGCCUCCCUGUGGCGCUGAGCAUGCUGGGACUGAGUAAGCAGUCGCUUCCUCAGGAGGACCCGGACGAGGUGACCGUCUGCUCGCCCGAACAAAUGGACCUGCACUCGUCCUGCGCCUCCUCUUCCUCGCUGUCUCUCUCGCUCUCGCCACACGAGCUCCACCCUUCCACGCGAGACAGCUGCAGCCCAUCCUACGCCAAUGACACCAGGGCUCUGAUAGGUCAAACCCUGCUCGACUCCUCCUCUCCUGCCUCCGGGCCUCAGGACCAGUCCUCGCCACGGGACACCAAGGAAAGGACUGAACCGUCCGGAUCGGUGGCCAGCGGGAGCGUGUGUAUGCUACGCAGAGCCUCGUCCACGCAUGACCUUGAGGGCUUUAAUGCGCACGUGGACAGGACGUACCGCGGUCGCCAUGCUAGCGAAGACAAUGGGCGAAGCAUUAAAGUAUCGCGCUCUUGGAUGGCUGGGGGGCCGUUCAGCCAGAUCAAGUGCAGUCUUCUGGGCUCCACGUCCGACUCGAACCUCACCAAAUACAGCACCAUCAACAAGAUCCCACUCAUCACCCUCAACUUCUCCGAGACCAACAACGACAAGCGCCCCGCCUCACCGCCUUCCUCAGAGAAAACCAUCAUCGCCCCGAAGGUCAAAGAUCGCACGCACAAUGUCACGGAGAAGGUCACGCAGGUUUUGUCCUUGGGUGCCGACGUACUUCCAGAGUACAAGCUCCAGACGCCGCGCAUCGACAAGUUCACCAUCCUGCACUACAGCCCUUUCAAGGCCGUGUGGGACUGGCUCAUCCUGCUGCUUGUCAUUUACACGGCCAUCUUCACGCCGUACAGCGCCGCCUUCUUGCUCAACGACCCCGAGGAGAAGAAGAGGCGAGUGUGUGGCUACUCGUGUAACCCGCUCAACGUGGUCGACCUCAUCGUGGACAUCAUGUUCAUCGUGGACAUCCUCAUCAACUUCCGCACCACGUACGUCAACGCCAACGACGAGGUGGUCAGCCACCCGGCCAAGAUCGCCGUGCACUACUUUAAAGGAUGGUUCCUCAUCGACAUGGUGGCCGCCAUUCCCUUUGACCUUCUCAUAUUUGGAUCGGGAUCAGAGGAGACCACAACUCUGAUCGGUCUGCUGAAGACGGCCCGGCUGCUGCGAUUGGUCCGCGUGGCCCGCAAGCUGGACCGUUACUCCGAGUACGGUGCCGCGGUGCUCAUGCUGCUAAUGUGCAUCUUUGCGCUGAUCGCUCAUUGGCUGGCGUGUAUCUGGUAUGCCAUCGGCAACGUAGAGAAACCCUAUCUGGAGCACACCAUCGGCUGGCUCGACAACCUCGGCAUGUCCAUUGGCAAGCAGUACAACUACAGCGACCCCUCCUCGGGUCCGUCCAUCAAGGACAAGUACGUGACGGCGCUGUAUUUCACAUUCAGCAGCCUGACCAGCGUCGGUUUCGGGAACGUCUCGCCCAACACAAACUCGGAAAAGAUCUUCUCCAUCUGCGUCAUGCUCAUCGGAUCCCUGAUGUAUGCCAGCAUCUUUGGGAAUGUUUCCGCCAUCAUCCAGCGCCUGUACUCGGGAACGGCGCGAUAUCACCUGCAGAUGCUCCGCGUCAAAGAGUUCAUCCGCUUCCACCAGAUCCCCAACCCGCUGCGCCAGAGGCUGGAGGAGUAUUUCCAACACGCCUGGACCUACACCAACGGCAUCGACAUGAACAUGGUGCUGAAGGGAUUUCCUGAGUGUCUGCAGGCGGACAUCUGUCUACAUCUCAAUCAGUCUCUCCUGCAGGGCUGUAAGGCGUUCCGCGGUGCCAGUAAAGGGUGUUUGCGUGCUUUGGCUAUGCGCUUUAAGACCACACACGCCCCGCCAGGCGAUACCCUGGUGCACUGCGGGGAUGUGCUGACCGCCUUGUAUUUCCUUGGCCGAGGAUCUAUAGAGAUCCUGAAGGACGACAUUGUCGUGGCCAUUCUAGGUAAAAACGAUAUCUUUGGUGAGAUGAUCCAUCUGUACGCCAAGCCUGGCAAAGCCAACGCAGACGUGAGAGCUCUCAGCUACUGCGACUUGCACACCAUCGAACGAGAGGAGCUGCUGGAGGUGCUGGACAUGUACCCAGAGUUCGCCGACUACUUCUGGUCCAACCUGGAGCUCACGUUUAACCUGCGUGAUGAGAACGCCAAGUUCAGCGGGAUUCGCCAGAGGAACCUGUACACACCAGUGAGUGACUCGGAGCAGGAGGAGAUCAACCCCAGGUCAAAAGCCUGCUUUAAAAGCAAAACUUCUACAGAGACUCCGAGCCGACACAGAGCGGUGGAGAGAGACAGGGGGAGAGACCGAGAUACACUGCAGGGACAGGAGGAAGAGGAGAAGAAGCAAGGUGAGGAAGAGGCAGAGGAGAAAGAGGAAAAGAGAAAUUUGGGCUUGGGGAUGCUCGGCCACUCCCUCCCUCUCAACCUGAACACGCUCCAGGACACACAACACGCUAGGGAAUGUGUUGUGCUUUAUAAAGAUGUGUGUGCUGACAAAUGGUCUUGUGGGAACAUCGAUGACUCUGCACAAUCUCAGGACAGAGAGGGCGGAGUUGACUGCGACAGCGACAUCACGUUCGGGGAAAUGGAGCAAAGGCUGGAUGUGCUGCAGGAACACCUGAACAGAUUGGAGGUUCAGAUGACGUCCGACAUCCAGGCCAUCCUGCAGAUGCUGCAGAGACAGAGCGCCCUGGGGCCUCCAGCCUACAGCACUUUAGCCUCGAGCCCUGAAUACCACAAACCAGCCAUCAGAGUGCAGCCUGUUACUGCUGUACACACACAGAGCCCUGAUUUAGAGAAGCCGAGUGAGAAAAACAAACCCGAAGACUGCGCACUUCCCACUACCAUGGAGACGACCUCUGAUAUAAGCAAGAUAAAAGACUCGGAGUGGGAGGCGGAGCUAAGACCGACGCAGGAAACUGAGCCCUCCGCUUCGCUGCGUCAGAGGGCUCUCCAUCUAUCAAUCAGACAGACGUCGCUGCCCGAUUCUUCUCCACACAAGGGCACCACUCCAGGACUCCACCGGCCCUCUUCUGACCCCGGGCUUCCAGGAAACUAGCAUUAGGUCAUCGCAGAUAUCCACAUAAUUUGACAUGUUUAUUAACGCAUUAUAACCAUAUCUGGAAGUAGGAUGCCAGAGACGUUCUCCUCUCGCACUGGAAACCAGCGCACUCUAGACUCAGGGUACAGAGUGAAAGUGUGUGUGUGUGUGUGUGUGUGUGUGUGUGAGAAAGAGGGAGAGAAAAAGAUGAAGAAAACGAUGUAUGCAAAGUACAAUAUGUUGAUUAUCUUCCAAACCUUUUUUUUCUGACUCCAGCACACAGAUAUGUGUGUGUGUGUGUGUGUGUGUGUGUGUGUGUGUGUGUGUGUGGGGAGAACUGACACAAAAACUUUCGAAUGUAUUUCUUCAGUCACUCCAGAUCAGCCGCGCCGGACAUGCAACCGUAGCAAGAGAAGAGCUGCAUGCUGGGAAGAAUGUGGUGUUUUUUGUUAAAGUCGCAUGUUUUAUUUUAAAAAAGAAAAAGAAGACGUCAUGCUGCUUAUCACAUGACUUAGGCAUGAGUGGUUUUUUUUUCCUUCUCAAAUCUGACCUGUGGUUGAGAAAAUGGUCUAUUUAUAUAUAUAUAUAU